AUGCUGCUUUCCAGUGCCGCGGAUGCCAAAAUGCAGCAUCCUCCCGGUUAUUUUGAUACCCCCCUCAAGAUGACUGCUGGCACCAUAACACCGUCGAAUAAUACUAGCUGGGACAGGAUACUGAGGCUGUUAGUUACACCUGAUGGUCAGUAUACCUCCUAUCUUGUCUUCUGUUCAGCGACGCUUACGAUUGCUCUAAUAUUGCUCCUACUGCUUGUCCUUCUGUUGGUGGCUAAACGACGGAAAUCACCACCCUAUGGAUUAUCCUUAAAGUAUCUUUACCUCAAAACGGCAGAGAAAGUAGAAUUCGUAAAGUUUAACGAGGACCACAAGUUUUCUCGCAAACGAGAGCCAACAUUCACUGGGAAAUAUGCUCUCCUUGAAUCUAGGCUCACUGCCGCACGCAAGAAGCCCAAUCACGCGGAUUUUGCCAACCUGUCGAAUGGCCAGCACUUCAGCUUUCCCCCGUUUACUUGUGUGAAGAAGGCAGCUAUAGUAUCUUAUCUCAGUUUUCGCGUAUUUUAUACCUUUAUUUUCACAUUUUCCGUUGCCCUGUCAAUGCUCUUCAGUCUUUGGCCACCCUAUCUGGACGGCAGCACUGCUUCGACCCAGAACCCCUCAGUGGUGCCUCGAGGACGACUAGUAGGCCUGCGGGAGCCCACGGUAGAGUCAAGCUACAGUUUCGUUAGUCAGCUACCAUUAGCUCAGCAGAUAGCCUUCUCCAGGGAAACUCUGACAGAUGAGGAAUUGUCGGUGCAAAUAACAAGAGCCACCCAAGUUGUGCUUGCCUGUCAACAACUCGUGAUCACGCAAAUUGUCGACGUUGUCCGCGAGCUGGAUCACGUAAUCCAGAAACUCCUAGAUGAUGAGCUCUCACUUCCUGAGGUCAAGUGGAACGACAGCGUGAGGACAGCAAUGCCUUCCCUGAUUCCACCCCCGGGGUCAUCAGCAGCAGCCACGGCGGAAUCGGCAUCAACACCGGGCACGAGCCCAAAUCUGCUGCAGGUUAUGGACACCUUUGUGAUGUGGCUUAUGACUGAAUUUCAUCAGGCCAUUCAAAACUACCUGCGACACCUAAAAACGGAAGUAGAGUAUGCCAUGAUGCCUGAUGUGGCUCUCUUUUCGGACAUGCUCUCACGCGUCUACUCAUCGCAGUGGUUACUGUUUGCAAGACGAAUGCUCAAUUCCACCGCUGGUGGCUACGAGGGUGCAGGCAGUGGCUCGCGCUGGUGGAAGCCAGUUGACAGUGCUGACAUCGUAUCAUCCGUGGAUGCCGAAACAACCGGCGCUAACAUGUCAAAAAUUGACUUUGCACGACAACUGGGUCUGGCUGAGGCAGAAAAUUUUCUUUGGACGCCGACAAGAAUUGAAAAAGAGUAA